AUGGAAAACUUGCAGCAUUGUGUCGACUCUCGUCCUAUCACCUUUAUCAUUGAUCGUCAUGAAGGGCUGGAGCAAAGUAUUUCUAAGUAUUUUCCCAACUCUUAUCAUAGUUAUUGUUUUUAUCAUUUGAAGAAUAACCUUCCUAUCAAGAAAGGACAUGAGAAGUAUAAACAAGUUCUGGAUUUGUUCCAUAAAGCUGCAUACUGCUACAGCGUUGCCAAAUAUGAGUCUGCUUUGAAUGACAUGUGCAUCAUAGGAUGUGGUUGGGUUGCCAAGUGCAUCAGAAAUAUCGAUCCCAAGCACUGGGAAAAUGCUUUCUUCGUAGGAUGUAGGUAUGGGACACACUCAUCAAUUAUUGCAGAGUCUUUCAAUAACUGGAUUCAUCGUGAAAGGGAUCUGCCUCCAGCUGCUCUUGUUGAUGAGCUCAGGAUAAAGAUUAUGAGGAUGAGUUCAGAAAGGCGUGAGCUUGGUAGAACUUAUCUAGAUAGUUUGACUUCCAUCUAUAAAGCUUUACUCAAGUUACAUGUCGAUAUAGGUCGUCCAUGGGAUGUUACCGAGUCAGGUAAUGAUAUAUAUGAGGUUCACUCUCCCAGCUCUCAUGUUGUUGAUCUGAUGCAGAUGACGUGCACUUGCCAGAGAUGGAAAGUGUUUGGUUUCCCUUGUGCUCACGCCACUGCUGCUAUUACUAUGAAGGGUGCUGAGAUUUUGAAGUAUAUUCAGCCUUACUUUGGUUCAAAUAAUUUUUGCAAUUCUUAUGCUCCUGCAAUUCGACCCAUUCCCAACUACGACAGGCCAGAAGCGUAUGAACCUGAAGAGAGAGUCCUUCCUGGUAUUCCAAGGCCAAUUCCAAGAAGACCAUCAAAGAAGCGUAUUUGCUGUGCCUAUGAGAAGGAAAGGAGGCCUAUGAAGUGCUCAAAUUGCAAGAAGAUUGGGAACUAA